AUGUCUUUUGAAAAGAAAAAUGCAUUGGACAUAUUCAUCAAUCCUAAUAGAAAUGUAGAACAAAUGGAAAAAGACUCCUGGGAUAGUUCUAGUUCAUUGGAUCAAAACGAUCGUGAAGAAAGUAUUGUCGAGGAGAAUGUUAUUGAAGGAGAAGAAAAUACAGAAAAUGGGUCUUCAAUUCAUGAUCAAAAUACAACUGCUAAUCCAACUAAAAAUGUAUGCGUUUUUUGCAAUAGAUUCCGUAAACGAGUGAAAUGUCGAGAAAUACUACUCACUAAAACAUUGUAUUCUCAUAGAUUUGAUAAAAUUAUUAAUCAUGCUGUUACCUGGAACGAUAUCGAAUUAGCAGACAGGCUUCGAAAGAGUGAAGAGGAAGGAUUGAAAAUCUACUACCACAGUGUUUGUCUUACUGGCUACGACAAGCUGUUCGUCGUAAACAAAAACGCAGGAAAUGGAGAGUGGCAUUUUACUCGCCAACUGUAUAAAAAUGCUUAUGCAGUAGUCUAUCGAUUUAUUAAAUUACAAGUUAUUAAUCAACGCAGACCAUGCACGCUCAGUUUCAUUCAAGAAUUAUUUAUGGAAUCAUUACUGGAACAGUAUGACGGAAGGAAGGAAAAAAAAGAUUUGCACUUCAAGUUUUUAAGGAAUAAAAUACGGAUGCAGUUUGCAAAAAAAAUUAAAAUUUUUAAACUUAAUAAAAGGGGCUCCAAUUGCAUCAUGGCUAUAACACAAGCCCAAACCCUCAUAAAACGCUUGAUUUCCUCUCAAAAUAUCUCCAAAAACGCUCUACAACACUUAAACGAACGCUCCAUUAUACAAAUCAAAGGUCCAGAUGUGUCUGAAUUUUUGCAGGGCUUAAUUACGAAUGAUAUAAACCAUUUGAGUAAUGGAGUUGGCAGUAUGUUUGCAAUGUUCUUAAAUACAAAAGGGCGAACCUUAUAUGACUCACUUAUUUAUAAAACUGCAGAAGAUAAUAGUUAUUUGAUUGAGUGCGAUACUAAAGUUACAAUAGCUUUGCAAAAACAUCUCAAAAUCUAUAAAGUUAAAAGGAAAAUUGAUAUUUCUCAGUCAAGUAGUAAAGUAUAUGUUUUGUUUAAUCCACUAAUCAUAGGUCAAGAAAAAUUGGCUGAUUAUUCAAUUUUAAAUGGAGAAUACAAGAACAAGUUUCCAGAAAACUCUUCUGACCUAAAAGUUUUCAAAGAUAUAUUAAUUUUUAAAGACCCUCGAGUAGCUCAUUUGGGAUUUAGAAUAAUUGCAGAAAGUGACAAAGUUAAUUCAAUAAACGAAAUAGCAGAAUGCGAUGUUUCUGAUAAUUACAAAAAACUUCGCUAUAGUUUAGGCAUAGGUGAAGGUGAAGAAGAUUUGCUGUCAGGAAAUUCUUUUCCAUUAGAAUGCAAUUGUGAUUAUUUGCACGGAGUAAGUUUUCAUAAGGGCUGCUAUAUAGGACAAGAAUUGACUGCUAGAACUUACCAUACAGGAGUCAUACGAAAAAGAUUGAUGCCUUUGAUAUUCACAAAAAUACCUACAGUUUUACCAGAAAAUAAUAUAAUAAUGCACAAUGGUAAAAAUCUGGGAAAAUUUAGAGGAAUAGAGGGAAAUGUGGGUUUGGCUUUAUUAAGAAUGAGUCAAGCUUUGGAGUUUGGGACGAUUUCUAUUGGAAAUGGGCUGAUAAUGCAAAAUGAAGAAAUUGAACCCAGCACAUCAAUUUCAGCAGAAACCACUGAACAGCCAAUUAUAAAAAAGGCCAACAAUGAAAUAAAGUACUUUGAAUGCGCUUUGUGUAACCUAAGAGAAAAAUAUGAAUAUUUUGGCAAGGCAGCUCCGUUUCAAAAAAAGUUUAUUCUCUCGGAAGACUCCUAUGUCAUAGAAGAUCCUUUUGCAGCCCCAAAACAAGGCGAAAUUGUAGUUUUAGGAGCACAUUGCGUUGCUUGCAAUAAAAUGGUUUGCAAAGACCUUUAUUGCAGUGUGUAUUAUAAUGGUACUUAUUGUAUCCAUUGUGCCAAAAGUGGCAAUGCAAAGUUUCCAAAGGUUAUAGAGGAAAAGUUAAAUAAAAUUGUCAGAUAAAACAGCACAGUUUAUUUUAUU